AUGAACGCGCUGCUUUCCGACCACGACGAGGGAAUGGCCACUAUCUGUUACCGGGGAGCGGCAGGCGAACUGAACGUAGCAAUCGAAGUCGCAAUGCACACGCGGCCAGUUAACGUGCUGCGCGACGACCCGAAUUUCGACAUCGACGUGGGCAUGCUGUCGGAGCUGGAUUUGGAGCACACUAACCCCCAUGUCGGGGUGCAGCAGCGGCAGAUCCGCGAGUUCGAUAUGCAGCACGCGCUGGUCGCUGAUUCGUCGAUCUCAGACACAUCCAGCACGGUGUUCACGCGAGACUCUGUGCACACGGCCGGCACAGUGUUCAGCGGCGUGAGGUCACCGCUGGGCUCUGUCGCGUCGAUCGGGCCGCUCGACGAUAUCAUGAACCAGAGUCUCGGCCAACUGGAGUUCUCGUUCGAUGAGCACGGCAAUGUGGUCGCCAAUGCCGCGGGCGAUGGUGUCGGCGACGUGCUAGACGUCGAUCUCAAUUUCGACCUCGAAGAGCCCAUUCUGCCCGAGCAGCCACAACAGCCGGACAUAGAAGUAUCUGUGGUGGACAUGGAGACGCCCAAACGGCGGCGCAUCGACGCCGGACGACUGAAAUUGCGCAGAAUUGUUUGCGACGCUGAAAUUUCGAUUUCAACUGCCAAGAUGAAAGAGGAUCGCGAGCGGUACUCGGAGCUGAUGCUUGCAGACCGUAGUUUGCCAACAUUCUCGUUCAUGGAGCUCGUUGGUGCAGAGUUGCAGAGACUGCCGCCCUUCAUGCAAUUGCUGCUGCAUCCAGCAACUGCUAACAAGAUGUCCCGCUCCUACAGCCGCGCCUCGAGCGUGUCAUCCAUUGAAGAGGCCCGGCGAGCGCUUUCUGGCCAGUCCUCGCGCAGAGGAAGCAUCUCGAGCGCACAUAUUCGGUUCGAGGAGCCAAUCCAGGAGAUGAGCCCCGUCGCGUUCGAAAACGACGACGCGAUGCUCGACAUCAGUUUUGGAGACGCGUCGUAUUCGCGCGAUGAGAACCGUCUGCACAGAUUUUAUCAGUCACUAGUGGAGAAGUGCCGCACGCACGGUAACGGGCUGGUUGAGAGCGAGCGGUCUGAUCUGAUGCAGAUCAGUUUUGGCGCGCUGCUGGGCCCGUGCGCGAGAAAAGAAGCUGUUCAGCAGUUCAGCUAUCUCCUCGAGCUUUGCUCAAACAGCAUGGUGUACCUGGAGCCAAUUGGCGCGAACGGGCGAUCCAAAUGGGAGCUACUGCAGCCGGAAAAUAUCAACAUCGUUGCACAGGUUUGA